AGAAAUACUUCCAAUAUAUGGUAUACGAAGACACGGACGCAGCGAUGUUGAGGCUAUUUGAGUGCUUUAUGGAGGCGGCGCCACAACUGGUCCUUCAGAUCUAUAUUCUAGCCAAGGGUAACGACCACUCGCCUGACAACUGGACCGUUGUGGCUCAAAUAGUGGCUGUGUUGGCAUCGUUAGUGUCGCUCUCGUGGUCACUGGUCUCAUAUCAUCGGGCAUUACGUCUGUCAUUACCUGAUAAGGCGAACAUGACUUGGCCCGGAAUCACUGUUCAGUUUAUUUGGCGAUUCUUUUCGAUCGCAUCGCGAGUGUUAGCUCUGGCGCUCUUCGCCAGUGAAUUC